AUGUUGCCAUCACGUCGAGGUCAUUUCCCGGCUAUACGAGUGUUGGGUGCUUUGGUUGCGUUUGUCUUCGUUUACACAUCCCUUUCGAGGGUAUUUCACGGGUCAAGAUCGCGGAACGCUCCUGUCUCCUUAAGUCCGCUCAGGUUCGGGUCGAACGAUACUGCCCAUCGACCAUGUCCCUAUAUACCUGGACUGGACGAUGUCCUUGUCGUGAUGAAGACCGGAUCGAGCGAAGCCGACACCAAGUUGCCAUGGCACUUCUCGACGACCUUCCGAUGUGUCCCCCAUCAUUUCAUCGUCUCCGACUUGGAAGAGUCCAUCCAAGGGUAUGAUCUCCACGAUGCCCUUCGCGACGUCAGCCCAGCGAUCCGGAAAGACGUACCGGAGAUGGAACUGUACAAUAACUUGAGAGAGCAUGGCCGGAAAGCAUUGGACGAUUACGACUUCACCAAGUACACCCAAUCAAAACAGGCAAAAAAGGAUGGCAGGGAGAAUCCGGCACACAAGCUCGACAAGUGGAAAUUCUUGCCUAUGGCCCAUCAGGCAUACCAGCAUCGGCCGGCCGCCAAAUGGUACGUGUUCAUGGAAGCGGACACGUACCUGUCGUGGUCGAACGUCAUGAAGUGGCUCAAUAAUUUCGAUGCCUCGAAGCCGCAGUACCUUGGCAGCCAGAUGCAGAUCGGAGAAACCAUUUUCGCCUUUGGCGGCACCGGCUUUGCGAUAUCCAAUCCGGCGAUGAAAGAACUGGUCGACUACCGAAGCCGACACUUGGGCGACCUGGAGGAAUAUACCAAGAAUGGAUGGGCAGGUGACGAGAUCCUUGGACAUGUACUUGGGGAUAUGGGUGUCAAAUUGGUAUGGGGAUAUCCAAACUCGCAGAUGUCUCUGCCGCAGGAGCUAUCAUAUACCGAAGCCGAGUAUGACAAGCGGUUAUGGUGCUACGCGCCAAUCGGAUGGCACCGUGUGGACUCGGAGGACAUCGACGCGUUGUACUCAUUCGAUCUGACCUUCAACCAUAAUAAAUCCCUCCUCCUCCACUCCGACAUGUUUAACCAGUACGUCCUCCCCCAAAUCGAAGCCGCUCCUGAGAGAGACGACUGGGAAAACCUGGCGGAGGAGGUCCAUGGAAUCGGACCGGACAGUCCACACGUGAGGACCGCGGCGGCCUGCCGGUCGCUGUGCAUGAAGGAUAAGAAUUGCAAGCAGUAUACGUAUGGACACGGCAUCUGUCGAACCUCCUCCUCCGUCCGGCUCGGAGAACCGGUUGCUCGAAGCAGUCCGCAAUUGUGGUUACCCACGCACUCUGGAUGGAUCGUUAACCGGGUGAGAGCGUUUUCCAAGAAGAUGCCUGCAUGCCGGGAGGGGCCGUGGGUUCUAUCGUGA